AUGGCGGAUCUCUUAGACAUCACUAGGCGUGUUUCUCCACGCCCCCCCCCCCCCCCCGCCCCCGCCGGAAUCGAGAUCGGCGAGCACAGCAAGUUUCUUGCGCCUGAAAACACCAAACAUCUCAUCGAAGUUCUUCAGCUUGGUCUCCUCGACAUCAAGAAAGUCAUCGUCAAGGCCAACGAACACAAAGGAACCAAGGAAGGAAGAUAUACUACAUCGGCUGGCAUUUUCAAAUUCAAAAUACCGAGGGUACGGGUCUUAUGGAUACAAAAUACCUCUAGGAACACUACCUGA